UUCUACUUCGGCGGCCUGUCGUUCAUCCUGGCGGAAGUGGUGGGCGUGCUGGCCGUCAACAUCUACAUCGAGCGCAACAAAGAACUGCGCUGCCGCUCGCGCACCGACCUCUUCCGCAGCACGACCUCAGCCGUGUUACGCCUGCCGGGAUACCGCUUCCGGCGGCGUUCCUCCCGCUCCAGCUCGCGGUCCACAGCGGAGCCGACCCGCUCCCGCGAGCAGUCCCCCACCUCCGCCAUCUCUCCCAAGAACUUCGGCCCGCCCCUGGCCACCGGCCCGCCGCCCUUUUCGGUAGCCACGCUUCCCAAUCCGCACACGCACUCCGGAGGAGGCAUGGGGGAUAUAUCCAUGUACACGCUCGGCAGGGAAGGUAAGCCGCCCAUGUAUGGUACAGUCGACCGUGCCACGCUCUACCAGCUGCACAAUUACUUUCCGACGAAGGAGGGCGGCGGCGGAGCGCUCAUGACGGGAACGCUGCCUUCUCUCUCCAAGUCGAACCUGGCUGCGUCGACCAACGCCACCCUCAACACCUCGUCUUCCUCCGGCCCCCAGCAGGCGCCGCUGUCUGCCGGCUCCUCCGCCACCAUGGAGAGGGAUCGAGGGCUGGGAACCUUGGAUCGGCUUGGUAAAGGAGACAGUUCAAACACUAACACUCUCAAC